GCCAUCAAUGUUGUCUACACAAACUUCAUCAUCAUCUUCAUACAUUCGUUCGCCAUCGUCGUCAUCGUCGUAGUAGUGCGAGUUUUCUUGAUAUUUUAUAUUUUAUCGUACAAAGUUCGUACCUCAACUCUUUCGUUUUUAGUAUAAUUUCAAUGGUCGACUGUUGCGGUUGUGUUUUCUUUUUGUAAAUAUUUUUGGUAUAACAUUUAUGUUUGAAUUUUGAUUUUCUCCUUACCGUUGGUGGACUAUAAACAAUCUUCGUGUGUUUUUCACCUUACGAAUAUUGGUGUUUGUUCCAAUUUAAGAAAAAAGAACAAAAAAAAAUAUUGCUGAUUGAAAAAUACAAAAAGUCUUUCGUUUGGACUUAAUCGAACCAGUUUUUUUUUUUUUUUUUGUGGAUUAAAAAAAAAUUUAUUCUGUUAAACUUAAAAAAGAUAAUUAUUUAAUCGAAACAAUUUUCUUUCUACAAUUGACACUUAAAAAUAAUCAGUUCAUUCAGAGGUAACCCUAUUAAUAGCAACAAGUAAUAUAUAAUUUUGCCAACGUAGUAUUUAAACUGUGCAAAGAGAAAUAGAGAGAAAUCAUCAUCAUCGUAUAUUCUUCUUUAAUGCCAUCUUACGAAUCUUAUUCUGUGUGUUUUGUUCUUUGCGCUUUUGCGGUUAGAGAAAAAUAUAUAUUCUAAUAUUGUGAAUUGCUUUGCUCCGUCACGAGAGAGUGUGUGUGAAAAAUUCUAAUUGUAUUCGUGUUGGUACUAUUCGACCAUUGCGCCUCAAGUGUUGUUUUCUUUUUAUUUUUUUGAAUUUGAAAAAAAAAUUAAAACAAAAAAAAGGGGGAACUGCUAAAAAAAAAUAACAACAACACAUUCCAAUUAAAGGGAUACUUUGUGGGUUUCAUCAUCUUUUACUGCCGUCUUUUUCGUCUUUAACUUUGGAUAAAAAAACUAAAAAAAAAAGUAGCAGAUAACAUUCUUUGAACAAGGACGUCCUGGUCUUGAAAGGUGUUUUUAAUUAGCACUACAACUAUUUGUUAACAUAUGUAACCGCACAAAUGGCUUUACGACUGCGUCGUGAUGUACAAAAGGCAUCAUAUUACGUUUGGUUUUUGGGUGCUGACGAAGCCAAAGGCUUACGUGGCCCAAGAGUAAUAAAUUCCGUUCUACCAUACCUAAUUGAUAGGUCGCGUGAGCAAGAACCACUUAAGGUUACCUUACAGGUGUCACACAAGGGAAUCAAAAUCUUACAGGGUUCAUCAAAACAUUUCAUUCCGCAUAGUGCCAUAACCAGUUCCGUGCAAUCUGAAGAUAUUGUUGCAUGUGUCCUACUACUUUAUAAUCCGGCAACCAAAUGUCCCUUACAUGUGCAUGCGUAUAGAUGCGAUUCGGAGACCACAGCCGAGGCAUUACAUCAGCAGUUGCAGAUCCUAAUCAAUCGGCCAGAGAAUCAAAAGCGUUUCGAGGAAUUGGAAUCCAGACUUGGAAUCGUUCCUGUUUCAAACGGCAAUGGUUCUCAUAAAUCCUCACUGCCAUUUGACCAACAGCAACAACAAAAGCAUGCACAACGUCGACAUGAAGCCUCUCCAAAACGAUUUAGUUCAUCACUUGGCAGCGAUACCGGCAACAGCACUCGCGAAUCCGAAUGCAGUGAAGAUCGCAACAAUUCGCCAAUGUCACGUUCCCCACCAAUAAUCAAACAAAAAGGGGAUCUUUUCGAUUCAUUGGCAGCCGAAUUACGUGCAAAAUUAAACGGCAAUGGUCCACCAUUGCUGCUCCCACCUAGAGAUUACGAUACCGUCCACAGAUCAAAGGGUAAUCUGGCAGCAAUAGAGCUGCGUCGUUGUAGAAAUUCAUUGAUUGUGGGUGCAUCCACAACGCCAGCGGCAGCGGUAAAGCAACAAAUGUCAUCGCGAGGAUCGUCGGGUAUCGGAUCGGAUUUGGCUCCUAGUCCAGAACGACAAGAUAUCAAUAGCUCGAGUGAAGAUGAACACUGGUCAAAUGAAGCAGAUAACUCAGUCAUAGCCUUGAAGCCAUCACAAAUUCAAAUGGAACGCAAACAGCCGCUGAAUCGUAAAAGUGCUGUCCAACCGCCAGAAGAUAAUUACCUUCGUGAUCUUCCAUCCAAACCUUACAAUCCAUCUAUGGCUGGUGGCAAUAGCAAUAAUAUCAGUGCAAGCAUCGGCAAUCGCAGCGAAAAAGAACUUAGACCGAUCGCAGUUAGGCCAUCACAAUCAUGGAACAAAGAGGAUGAAAUAAAGCCAAUAAUCAUGCGACCAUCCGACUAUGAUGCUAAAUUCAAUCGAGUGCUCAUGGAUAAGCACCACGAUGAUGCCGCAUACAAGGAACGCAUUAGCCAUAACAACUAUAAUCCACCACCAGAAGAUACCGGUUUUUGUAAAUAUAAAGAAGACCAUCAGCAGCCAGCACAAAAGUUAUCAUCAUCGUCAUAUGACGCUCACGAUGGUGGAUUCCAUAAUCACAUCGAUAAGAUGUUAAAGAAGAAGCUGUCAUUGGAGCGGAAGCCAAGCUACAAGGUCGAAGAGGAGGAAGCUGACUAUGAUUCUGAUGCUGACCAUCAACACAUCCCAGUUCAGCAGCCGGUAACAGCAGCUGUGUCAGUGCCAAUGGGUUACCGGAAGGAGAAUUUAACUGACAAGCAAAAAUUUCAAGAGUACAAUGGUAAAAAGGUCAAAAGUUAUAAUCCAGAGCCAGAUCGUUUUGGUAGACAUCGUUAUGUAGAUCCAGCUGAUUUACCAUUUACCCAACCAAAAUCAUCAGCUGUACCCCAUCAGUAUCCAAGCCAUUCACCAGAACCGCGUGAGGUGGUACAACAGAGACCGGUUGAAAGGCAUAGAGAGCGUCAAAGGCCUACGGAGAGUAAUCGGCCUCGAGAGAGAGAAUUUUUCUCCCACAGUAAUGAAAGGAAUCCGUAUAGGGAACCGGGAAGUAUUCCAUAUAUCGAAAGCAUGGAAAAGAUGAUGAAAUCUCAAGCCAUGCGGUAUAAACAAUUUGAAAAUGAUCCGAAAAUUGAGUAUCAACAGGAAAUGGAUAAACAUUUGAGAAUAAGUCCACGAAAGUCGUUGCCAAGGAGCGAAAAGUCAUCACAACAUGUCGCCGAUGAUCAUGAUGUUGAAAAGGAGUUUUGCUACAGCCGAAAGUCACAGUCGAGAGAUCCAAGAGAAUAUGUUAAUCCGAAUGUCACGCCUAAAGACAGAUUUAAGGAUGCAAAGGAAAAGUUUAGGGCUAUGGAGCGAUCAAGGUACAUUGCCGAAAAAAAGGAAGUAAAUGCUCAGCCUAGUAUGACUUCGUCAUCGAGGAAUCUUCAACGACGAUCAUCGAUCGAACAUGCUGACAGUGGAAUUCGUUAUGAUGAUUGGAGUGACGAAGAGGAGUUACCUGUUGUUCAUCCAAGAUCGAGCAGUCGGGAACAGUGGGAGCAAUCGAGAGAUCCAAGUGAUCUGCCCCGGGAAUAUCAUGAAAUGAGAGGUAGGGAUAUCCCUGAUUCGCAUAAUGAUCCCCGUGAUUAUCAUCAUCACCGUGAUGUGCGUGAUCAUAGAGAACCACAGCAAUAUCGUGAAAGACCGAUCGAUAAGCGUAACGAUGGUUACGGUCCAGGUGCCCCACAGCCGAUAUCGAAUUCCAAGAGCCUGUCAAAUUUAACCAAGGGCUAUCGACACAGUUACGCUGAGCCAGCUUUUGCUAGAUCGGGAGGACGAGUUGGACUUGCUGCUGUAAAUCCGUAUUAAUAAAAAAAUAUUCGAGACUCUAUAACUUUUGUGGCAAUAUAAUUUGAAUUUUGUGCGAAUAUCUUUUAUUUUAAAGAGAAAAGAUUAAAACCAGGAAUGGUUUUUGUUCUUUUAGAUUUGUUUUCUUUGUUUUUCUUUAUUUUUUUUUUUUUUAAUAAAAUCCACAUGUGCCUUAGAUAAAUUUGAAUAAACAACAUGUA